AUGAGCGCCGAGCAGAACCUCCAGUUCGACGCCGCGACGCAGGCCGAGCUCCAGGAGUUUGUCGAGACCGAGCGCGCAAAGGCCAAGAUGCAGGCCAGCAUCCACGAGCUCACGGACCGGUGUUGGAACACCUGCGUGACGGGCGGCAUCAGCUCCAAGUUCUCCAAGUCCGAGGCGUCGUGUCUCGAGAACUGCGUCGACCGCUUCCUCGACACGUCGCUGUACAUCGUCAGCCAGAUCGAGCAGCAGAAGCAGCACUAG